AUGGCACGUGGACACAUGUCUACAAGAAGUUCUUCUGCUACUUGUAAAGAAGAAAAACAACGUACUGAAUUCUUUCCAGAAGAAUGCUUCAAUUCCAUGAAAGAUUCGACAUUUGUCAAUUGGAUGCUGGCGACCCCUCCAGCUUCUAUUGUCGUUUCUGAUAUUUCGCAAAUACUGAGAACUAACAUGAAGAAUAGAGAAACUAGAGAACAAAUAGAGGAAAACCAAUACAUUAAUCCUUUAUUUUUGCAACCUAGCGAAGAAAUCGAAACAAUAAGAAAAACAAGUCUAUUUGCUCAAGAUGUUACUGAGACAGAGCAAGAUAUCAUAGAUAAAAGAGUUGCAUUACAGCAACGUCAGUAUGCCGAAUUUGAACGACGUGAACGCGAACGCAAAUCACGCAAAAUUCGUGGUGUUUUUGAAUUCGUUUCUAAUGAAGAAAUAGCAGAGGCGUUGCGAGAUUGUGAAAAUGAUGAGGAAGAAGUCAUUGUGAGAAUGACUCAGCCUCGUUAUCUAAUUGAAAUUCGUAAGACUAUUGCUGAACGAAAUUCACGUGUUCUUCACAUCAAUUUAAUGACCGAUGAACAAAAGGAGGCAUAUGAGCAGUUAUUAAAAAAACGAAAGGAAACUCUCAAGAAAACAACAGGAGAAAACGCCAAAAAACAAUACCGCAUGAAAGGUCGCCUUGCAUUGGACGACGCCUUAAAACAAGUUCAGGAUAACACUAAAGAUCUUGAAAAGGCAUUCGAAGGCUGGUCAGAAGCGCGUAUUAAGGCAUACAAAGCUAUCGAUACGAAGCCGAACACGUAUUAUUAUCGGUUCAAUGCUCCCGGAGAAGAGCAAAAAAAAGGUCAAUGGACCAAGGAAGAAGAAGAACUUUUUUUUCAAAGAUUGAAAGAUAUUGGUUCGGAUGGACAAUGGGGUAUAUUUUCAAUGACUAUCCCUGGUCGAUGCUCAAAUUUCUACCGAUUGUUGAUCGAAACUGGUCGUGUCAAAGAUCCGAAUUAUGUACUCGAUGAAAAAGGCAAAGCGCAUUACCUAUUUAGUACAAAGAACAAAAAAACAGGAGAAACCGAAAGAACGUUUCGGACACAUACAAAACACGGAAGCGGUGGUGCACGAACAAGAACACAAUCAUCAGUAACAACUACAAGAUCAACUCCAACAAAGAAAAAACGUAAACCAAUCAAGACACAGGCAUCUUCAAGCAAAGAAACUAGUAACUACGAUGAUAGAAUGGAAGAAAUAGAAGACGACAAUCCGCUUCCAGAUUUUAUUGAUCCAAUUACUCUUGAGGUGGUCGUAAAGCCUGCGAUUUCUCCGUAUGGGCAUGUGAUGGGCUGGGUUAGAUGCCUUUCCUCUGAAGCGAAAAAGAAUAUCUGUCCUUUGACAAAAAAACCGUUAACAAAACGUGAACUAGUGAUAUUAACGAAAGAUAAUAUUGAUCAAUAUCGAUCCAAAAUCGUCAAUCUCGAGUAA